AUGGGUUCCAAAUCGCAAUCAAGAGGGACCUCUCCCAUGGUUGCUGCUCGUCGACCGAAACUCAUGCGAGCGGCUGCGACUGCCCCCUCACUGGCCACAUCCAACGCAUCUCGGAAUGACCUGGCUAGUCGACAGUCGUCGCGAGCAGCAACGCUUCUCAACAGAGUAGCGAGCUAUUCGACGGCGCAGCACGAACAUAGGCUCCAUGGCACGCCGGGCAGCGUGUACUCGAACCCCGAGCAGGGAUCUCCCGACAGCAGCGCGUCAAUGGAGGAAAGGAAAGACACAUUCCAGGCAGACAUUCAUCAGUCGGGCAAUUACUUCAGUUUUCCGAGCUUUGAAGACUUUCAAGAUUUCCAGGAGAACGAGGAGCGGAUAGCUGCAAUGCACGACAAAGGCGUGCCAUGA